AGAUGGCGUCGAUGAAGGACAGCGACACCGGCCUGUGGCUUCACAACAAGCUGGGCUCCACGGACGAGCUGUGGACGCCGCCGAGCAUCGCCUCGCUGCUCACGGUGUCGGUGAUCGACAACAUCCGUCUGUGCUUCUCCAGCCUGUCGCCGCCGGUGAAGCUGAAGCUGCUGCUCGGGAUGCUGCACCUCCCCCGGCGGACCGUGGACGAGAUGAAGGAGGCCCUGUCGGAGAUCAUCCAGCUGGCCACCGUGGACUCGGAGCCGUGGGUCCUGAUGGUCGCCGACAUCCUCAAGUCCUUCCCAGAGACCGGCUCGCUCAACCUGGACCUGGAGGAGCAGAAUCCUAAUGUGCAGGACAUCCUCGGCGAGCUCAGGGAGAAAGUGAGUGAGUGCGAGGCGUCUGCCAUGCUGCCUCUGGAGUGCCAGUACCUAAACAAGAGUGCGUUAACCACCCUGGUUGGACCCCUCACACCCCCUGUCAAACAUUUCCAGCUGAAAAGGAAGCCGAAGAGUGCAACCCUCAGAGCAGAGCUGCUACAGAAAUCCACGGAAACGGCCCAGCAGCUGAAAAAGACAGCCGGAGUGCCUUUUCAUGCCAAAGGGAGAGGACUGGUCAAAAAGAUUGACACUACAACUCCUCUCAAGGGGAUCCCCAAGGCCCCGUUCCGCAGCCCCACUGCCCCCAGUAUGUUCAGCCCUCCCAGUAACCGCACACCCGUAGCCCCUGCACGGACACCCCUGCGCAAAGAGAGGGGGGUCAAGCUGUUAGAUAUUUCAGAGCUGGACGUGGUCGGAGCUGGAAGAGAAGCUAAGAGGAGAAGAAAGACUUUGGAAACGGAGGCCGGAGAGAAAGCAGCCAAAGAAGAAGCAGCUGUGGUGGAAAACACCACACCGGACUAUGCUGCCGGCCUCGGCUCCGCACAGAAACUCGGGGCGCUGAGCGAGAAUCCUCUGCCGUCAACCAGUUACAUGCCGGCCACACCCAGCAUGGUUCCCUCUUCCUCGUACAUUCCCAGCUCCGAGGCGCAGCCAGCGAACGCCGGCGGCUCGGGUCGAGACACGCUGCAGUCGGCUCGCCAACCGGAGGAGUCGGCAACAGCGGGCGCUGGCGCCACCCCCACCUUACCGGGCCAGUACAAACAGAGGACGCCUAUGUACAACGCCAGCACCACGGCUAACCCCGCCACGCCCACGUCCCCCAGCACGCCGGCGUCCACCCCCGCCAACAACGGGCCCCCAGCUGCUGCCACUGCCAGCCAACCGGAGACCCCCACCCAGCCUCCCAGCACACCUCAGACGCCCACCCCAGCCCCGACUCCUACGCCCCCACAGCCCCAGCCCAAAAAGAAUCUCUCCCUCACGAGGGACCAGAUGUACGCUGCUCAGGAGAUGUUCAAGACGGCCAACAAGGUCACCAGACCCGAGAAGGCCCUGAUCCUGGGCUUCAUGGCUGGAUCCAGAGAGAACCCGUGCCCGGAGCAGGGGGACAUCAUCCAGAUCAAGCUGAGCGAACACACAGAGGUUCUGCCCAAAGCCGACGGCACCGGCAGCACCACCAUGCUGGUGGACACGGUCUUCGAAAUGAACUACUCCACAGGACAGUGGACCCGCCUCAAGAAAUACAAACCCAUCACCAACACCUCCUGAGGCGCCUGGAUCGCUCGGGAAAAAAAUCCCACACCCACAAUAUCAACAAAAACAACAUGUUUACACACAUUCAAGUAUUUGCAAUCACGUCUGGGCCAAAUCGAGCAGCGGGGGGGGGGGGGGGGGGUGAGAGAUGGUCAAGGAGAGAGAGAUCCUCCCUUUUCCUGCAACGCCAAAAUGCAGGACUCCGAAGAAUGUUUCUGUACCUUUUUGUUUUGGUUGUUUCCCUUUUAUCGUUUCUGUUUUUUUAAAUGUGGCCUCCGAUGCCUGAGCGUGGUCGGGGGGGGUCACACGAGUCUGAGUAGAGGGACUAUUCUCACGGCAGGCACCUCAACAUUUUUGUACUCUGGAGUACAAGCAUGUCUCAUGUCGGGAAGGACGAUAUGUGUUAUAUAUUUUUUUUUUGUAUGAAUGUCACGUUCAUCUUAUUCUACCUUGGGGUUUGUGACAGGAAACAGAACCACAGAACGAUAAUGACCGUCGCCCCAGAGGUGACCAAAAAAAAAAGAGAUGAGAAGUAAAUAAUUCUCAGUGCUGUCGAGCCUUCUGGUAGAUGUUGAAUCAUUUUUCAUCCUUUUAUUAAAAGGGAAGAGAAUUAAAAAAAAAAACG